UGUCCCGGCAGAAGAAACCAGGGCGCUGAGGAUCCAGGUUCCAGCUUGCUCCCUCCUAUAUCAAUUGAAGGAGAAAAGUUUGUGAAUUGGGCCCCCAAGUUUUGGGGGACCCGGACUUGCGGCGUGGGGUGACAGACGAGGCUCGUUAGAGCUUCCCCCAUGGAGCCCACCCAGCCGGCAGAGGACCUCAGUCUGACCCAACAGCUCCCCAUCCCAGAAUUUGGGGACCCUGAGGACCCCAGCGAUGAGGCCCCCGAUGGCUCAGACACUGUGGUGCUUAGUCUCUUCCCCUGCACUCUGGAGCCUGGGAAUCCUGAACCGGAUGCUGGUGCCUCCUCACCGCAGGGAGGCAGCUCCCUGAAGCACUCCACAACCCUCACCAACCGGCAGCGGGGGAACGAGGUUUCGGCCCUGCCAGCCACCCUCGACUCCCUGUCCAUCCACCAGCUCGCGGCCCAGGGGGAGCUGAGCCAGCUGAAGGAACAUCUGAGGAAAGGCGACAACCUCAUCAACAAGCCGGACGAGCAUGGCUUCACCCCCCUCAUCUGGGCCUCCGCCUUUGGAGAAAUCGAGACUGUCCGCUUCUUGCUCGAGUGGGGUGCUGACCCCCACAUCCUGGCCAAGGAACGGGAAAGCGCCCUGUCCCUGGCCAGCAUGGGCGGCUACACAGACAUCGUAGGGCUGCUACUUGAGCGUGACGUGGACAUCAACAUCUACGACUGGAAUGGAGGGACGCCACUGCUGUACGCCGUGCGUGGGAACCACGUGAAGUGCGUAGAAGCCUUGUUGGCCCGAGGAGCCGAUCUCACCACGGAGGCUGACUCCGGCUAUACCCCAAUGGACCUUGCCGUGGCCCUGGGAUAUCGGAAAGUGCAACAGGUGAUCGAGAACCACAUCCUCAAACUCUUCCAGAGCAACCUGGUGCCCGCAGAUCCUGAGUGAAGGCUGCCUGCUGGGGACUCAGAUACUCAGGGAACAAAACAGUUGACGCAGAGCUGGGGGAACCCAGAACUGACUUCAAAGGCAGCUCCUGGACAGACGGUGGGAGGGGAUCCUUCCCAAGAGGAACCAAU